CGCCCCCCCAGCCUCAGGCACAAUGGUACAGUCUGUGCUGGGACCGGGCGCGCGGGCUGGGCUCCGCUCGGCGCCAGCUGCCGCACCGCGAUUACGGGCUGCCCGCCUGGAACCCGAGCCGAUCGCUGGCGAUUGCCUUAGCCAAGAACUUUCCCGACCAUGUAGAUGCCAGCCCCAGGGAACAGCAUGGGCCCCGAUGAAUGGAGACUCCUGGGUCAGCAACCCUGAGCCUCUCUGGGCCCUGGACCUCACCCCACUCCUGGGGACACUCCUCAGAGCUCUCCAGUGCUGUUGCCAGCCCACCUCAGCCAUCACCACCUUCUGGGACACGGAGUCAGCCACCUGGAGCUACUACCCUCUAGUGAGGGUGUACUGAGGAUAGCCACACACAGCCAUCACCCAGAAGUCCCUUUUCCAGUGCUGACCCCCAGGCCCAGCCUGAGCAGAGACUUCAAUAAAUAUGGGUGAUAUGACCAACAGCGACUUUUACUCCAAAAACCAAAGAAAUGAGUCGAGCCAUGGAGGCGAGUUUGGAUGCACCAUGGAGGAGCUGCGCUCCCUCAUGGAGCUGCGGGGAACCGAGGCCGUGGUCAAGAUCAAGGAGACAUAUGGGGAUACUGAAGCCAUCUGCCGGCGCCUCAAAACCUCGCCUGUUGAAGGUUUGCCAGGCACCGCUCCAGACCUGGAAAAGAGGAAACAGAUUUUUGGGCAAAACUUCAUACCUCCAAAGAAGCCAAAAACUUUCCUGCAGCUGGUAUGGGAAGCACUGCAGGACGUGACACUCAUCAUCCUGGAGAUCGCGGCCAUCAUCUCCCUGGGGCUAUCCUUCUACCACCCACCUGGAGAGAGCAACGAAGGAUGUGCCACGGCCCAGGGUGGGGCAGAGGACGAAGGUGAGGCUGAAGCAGGCUGGAUUGAAGGGGCCGCCAUCCUGCUGUCAGUCAUCUGUGUGGUCCUAGUCACAGCCUUCAAUGACUGGAGUAAAGAGAAACAGUUCCGGGGCCUGCAGAGCCGCAUCGAGCAGGAGCAGAAGUUCACCGUAGUCCGGGCUGGACAGGUGGUCCAGAUCCCUGUGGCCGAGAUCGUGGUUGGGGACAUCGCCCAGAUCAAAUAUGGUGACCUCCUUCCUGCCGAUGGCCUCUUCAUCCAGGGCAAUGACCUCAAGAUCGACGAGAGCUCGCUCACAGGAGAGUCUGACCAGGUGCGCAAGUCUGUGGAUAAGGACCCCAUGCUGCUGUCAGGUACCCAUGUGAUGGAGGGCUCAGGACGGAUGGUAGUGACUGCUGUGGGUGUGAAUUCUCAGACUGGCAUCAUAUUUACCCUGCUGGGGGCUGGAGGUGAAGAGGAAGAGAAGAAAGACAAAAAAGGUGUGAAGAAGGGGGAUGGCCUUCAGCUACCAGCGGCCGACGGUGCAGCACCUGCAAACGCUGCAGGUAGCGCAAACACAAGCCUAGUCAAUGGUAAAAUGCAGGAUGGCAGUGCCGACAGCAGCCAGAGCAAAGCCAAGCAGCAAGAUGGGGCAGCUGCUAUGGAGAUGCAGCCCCUGAAGAGCGCAGAGGGCGGCGAUGCAGAUGACAAGAAGAAAGCCAACAUGCACAAGAAAGAGAAGUCGGUGCUUCAGGGCAAGCUCACCAAGCUGGCUGUGCAGAUCGGCAAGGCGGGCCUGGUGAUGUCAGCCAUCACAGUCAUCAUCCUGGUGCUCUACUUCACCGUGGACACCUUCGUGGUCAACAAGAAGCCAUGGCUGACAGAGUGCACGCCCGUCUACGUACAGUACUUCGUCAAGUUCUUCAUCAUUGGUGUGACGGUGCUGGUGGUCGCCGUGCCCGAGGGCCUCCCGCUGGCUGUCACCAUCUCACUGGCCUAUUCUGUGAAGAAAAUGAUGAAGGACAACAACCUGGUACGACACCUGGAUGCCUGUGAGACCAUGGGCAACGCCACGGCCAUCUGCUCAGACAAGACAGGCACGCUGACCACCAACCGCAUGACCGUGGUACAGGCCUAUGUCGGCGAUGUCCACUACAAGGAGAUCCCUGAUCCCAGUUCCAUCAAUGCCAAAACCAUGGAGCUGCUGGUCAAUGCCAUCGCCAUCAACAGCGCCUACACCACUAAGAUCCUGCCCCCAGAAAAGGAGGGUGCCCUGCCCCGGCAGGUGGGCAACAAGACUGAGUGCGGCCUGCUGGGCUUCGUCCUGGACUUGAAGCAGGACUACGAGCCGGUGCGCAGCCAGAUGCCAGAGGAGAAGCUGUAUAAGGUGUACACCUUCAACUCCGUGCGCAAGUCCAUGAGCACCGUCAUCAAGAUGCCUGACGAGAGCUUCCGCAUGUACAGCAAGGGUGCCUCGGAGAUUGUGCUCAAAAAGUGCUGCAAGAUCCUUAGUGGGGCAGGUGAGUCCCGUGUCUUCCGGCCCCGUGACAGAGAUGAGAUGGUGAAGAAGGUGAUCGAGCCCAUGGCCUGUGACGGACUCCGUACCAUCUGUGUGGCCUACCGUGACUUCCCCAGCAGCCCCGAGCCCGACUGGGACAAUGAGAAUGACAUUCUCAAUGAGCUCACGUGCAUCUGUGUGGUGGGCAUUGAAGACCCAGUGCGACCUGAGGUCCCGGAAGCCAUUCGCAAGUGCCAGCGGGCAGGAAUCACAGUCCGAAUGGUCACUGGUGACAAUAUCAACACAGCCCGGGCCAUCGCCAUCAAGUGUGGCAUUAUCCACCCUGGGGAGGACUUCCUGUGCCUGGAAGGCAAAGAAUUCAACCGGAGGAUCCGCAAUGAGAAGGGGGAGAUUGAGCAGGAGCGGAUUGACAAGAUCUGGCCAAAGCUGCGGGUGCUGGCUCGCUCCUCUCCCACGGAUAAGCACACGCUGGUUAAAGGCAUCAUCGACAGCACGCACACUGAGCAGCGGCAGGUGGUGGCUGUGACAGGGGACGGGACCAAUGAUGGACCUGCUCUCAAGAAGGCAGAUGUGGGCUUCGCAAUGGGCAUCGCGGGCACAGAUGUGGCCAAGGAGGCCUCAGACAUCAUCCUGACAGAUGACAACUUCAGCAGUAUCGUCAAGGCAGUGAUGUGGGGCCGUAAUGUCUAUGACAGCAUAUCCAAAUUCCUGCAGUUUCAGCUGACUGUCAACGUGGUGGCUGUGAUCGUGGCCUUCACAGGUGCCUGCAUUACACAGGACUCCCCUCUCAAGGCCGUGCAGAUGCUUUGGGUGAACCUCAUCAUGGACACAUUUGCCUCCCUGGCACUGGCCACAGAGCCACCCACCGAGACGCUGCUGCUGAGGAAACCUUAUGGCCGCAACAAGCCCCUUAUCUCACGGACCAUGAUGAAGAACAUCCUGGGCCACGCCGUUUACCAGCUCACUCUCAUCUUCACCCUGCUCUUUGUGGGUGAGAAGAUGUUCCAGAUUGACAGUGGGAGGAACGCACCCCUGCACUCCCCACCCUCAGAGCACUACACCAUCAUCUUCAACACCUUCGUCAUGAUGCAGCUGUUCAACGAAAUCAAUGCCCGCAAGAUCCACGGCGAGCGCAACGUCUUUGAUGGAAUCUUCCGGAACCCUAUCUUCUGCACCAUCGUUCUGGGCACGUUUGCCAUCCAGAUAGUGAUCGUGCAGUUUGGCGGGAAACCCUUCAGCUGCUCCCCACUCCAGCUGGACCAGUGGAUGUGGUGCAUCUUCAUCGGCCUGGGAGAGCUCGUCUGGGGCCAGGUCAUUGCCACCAUCCCUACCAGCAGGCUCAAGUUCCUGAAGGAGGCAGGGCGGCUCACGCAGAAGGAGGAGAUUCCUGAGGAGGAGUUAAAUGAAGACGUGGAGGAGAUAGACCAUGCAGAGCGGGAGCUUCGCCGUGGACAGAUCCUGUGGUUCCGGGGCCUGAAUCGGAUCCAGACACAGAUUGAAGUAGUCAAUACUUUCAAGAGCGGGGCCUCCUUCCAGGGGGCCCUGCGGAGACAGUCCUCCGUCACCAGCCAGAGCCAGGACAUCCGCGUCGUGAAGGCGUUCCGUAGCUCUCUCUAUGAAGGGUUAGAAAAACCCGAGUCUCGAACCUCCAUCCAUAACUUCAUGGCUCAUCCUGAAUUCCGGAUCGAAGAUUCCCAGCCUCACAUCCCCCUCAUCGAUGACACCGACCUGGAAGAAGAUGCCGCGCUCAAGCAGAACUCGAGCCCGCCGUCCUCGCUCAACAAGAACAACAGCGCCAUCGACAGCGGGAUCAACCUGACGACCGACACGAGCAAAUCAGCUACCUCUUCAAGUCCAGGGAGCCCCAUCCACAGCCUGGAGACGUCGCUUUAGCUGAGGUCCCUGUCGCCUGGCCACCCUCAUGGACCCGCCACCACCUGCCUCCGGGCGCACACCCUUCCAGGCACCGACUCCCCGAUGCAACGAGGAGCACUGGGCGGAACCCACACUGCAGAAAGAGAACCGGUUUCCACCCACAGACCCUUUCUCUGGCUGCCAUGCUGUUUGAACUUUUUUUCACUCCUAGGUCAUGGGAGGGGUUGCUCUGGGUUUAUAUGGAGCAGAGAGUGGCAGUGGAUUUUGUUUUGUUUUGUUUUGUUUUUCAAAAAAAAAAAAAAAAAACCAAGAGCCUUUCCAGGUUCCAGCCCAGACACGGACCAGCCAUGCACCCGCCGGCCACUGCGUCCCUAGCAUGAAUGUACCUGGACACUUUCAGUCCCCUCUCUCAUUUGGUUCUUGGACGGUUCCGGAGGGGAGUUUUUCCGUUUGUUUUCUUAGGCGGGAACUGAAAACAGGAACUGCAAACAAACUGCUGUUCAUUCAGUCCACUGGCCUGUGAGGUUUCAAAUGCCUGCCCAGCAUGGUCUCAGAUGUCUAGAUUAAUUUAAUAACUUUUUGAAAUCACAGAGUAGGUUUGCACCAAUGGAACCCAAGAACUCCACAGACACUCAUGAGGUUAUAUCCGUUUCUUUGUAUCUAUAUCAACGUAUACUUCUUGGAGACUGUAUACGUGUAUAUAGAUAGGUAGAUAUUAUAUAUAUAUAUAUACAUAUAUAUACAUGGAUAUAUAAAGUUCCUUUGCCGGCAUGUUGCCUUGUUUCUGCUUAAAUCGCUCUAUUUUAACUUAUGUCCUAAAAGAAGAAUGUAAUUUGUUUACAAACCUGUAGAUAAUGUCUUUGGAUAUAUGUGUGGUUUAAGGACACUGGUGGCCAAGAUGCUUAUGAACAGCUCGGCCCAACAGACACAUCCCCUGGAUUGCAUCUUUGAAGUUUUACAAUAGCCAUGCUCUGAUUUUUGCCUGCUAUUUCCGUUCAAUAAUGUCACUACUGUGGGAAGCUCAGGCAGAAAGCCAACAGCUCCCAAGGAUCCAUCCCAAGGAGCUAAGCAACCGCUCCACCGUAGACAAGGGAGAAGAGGAGAGAAGGCUUCCGGGGUUUGCAACCCGACUGACCAAGCAGGUCCUCUGACGCCAGCGUCUGUAGCGUACCGUAGAAGGCUUUUCUCUCAAUGAAACUCGCUUGAGUUUACAGAGAGCAUUUCAGAACUGAGUUGUCUUUGGCGCUGUCUGUGACUCAAGGUAGUGUUCAGAUAUUACAAAUGCUAUUGUGUUAAUUUUUUUUAGUUAGUAAUUUAGACAUUUCUUUCCUUAUAAAUGGCAGCAUAGGCACUGCCGACAUAUUGGAUGAGGGUCGGUACGGCUUGCUGCUUUUGUUUUUCUUUUUAAAGAAGAAUAGCCUUUUUUCUCUGCAUUAUUUAGAUCCGAAUGAACCUUAUUAUGUGUACAUUGAGUUGUAUUCAGUGUGAUUUUUAAACCAAAUUGUCUUCCUGUAGUCACAAUAUAUACGGUAGCCUUUUAACAGCAAGUCCUGCUUUCCCAAACAGAAAGCCAUUCUGAUAUCUUCCCAUACCACAGGUGAGAAAAGGUGGCUAUCCCCUCCCCCAACAAUAACAGCACUAGUAGCCCCACUUAAUAAGAGCUUGUCUGCCGGCCUCUUAACUGCUAAGCACUUUGUGGGUCUCAGCUUUUUUUCAUAAAAGAACUUUUGUAUUUAAUACAAAGUUUGCUUUGAGACUUUUCAGCAUACAAUCUUUUUCCAUAAACUUGUACAGUGCAAAAGACAUUUUGAAUACCGUGAUCGAUGAUGUCCCGUGCUUCGAGGAGAACCAAACACUUUCCGCCUCACUGAUGAAUUCCAUCCUCCACUCCCGCCCUUCCCACAACUGCUCCUCGCUCCUCAGCCUGGCCCCCAGCCCUCCUCCAGGCCCAGAGACCUCUUCACUAAACAAGAUGACAGCCACUUGGGAAAAGAGCCAUAGUCAGCUGGGAGGGCCCACGUCUGGAUGGCUGUGGAAAAAAAAAAAACUUGAGUUUUGGUUUGGGGUUCAAAGUCAGCCCAUCCCACCUGGCCACAAUCUUUCUGUAAGGAAGACUAUCUCAAAGGAAUCUGAAUGUAUCCAUGAGAGAGAACUGCCUCUCCAGCAAUGGUGGACUGGCCCUAGAUAUGCUGGCUGGAUUCCAGUACAGACACCAUCAGAGCCAGCCCACAGCACCCCUCCAAUGAAGGAAAGGAAAUCUGGGGCAGCCUUGGAACAGGAUAGGUUUUUGGUUUGGAGUUUGUUGUUGUUGUUGCUGUUGGUUGGUUGGUUCAGGGUUUUUUGGGGAGAUUUCCUUUGUCAUAUUUUUCAUCCUGCCUCCAUUCAGUCAUGCAUCUAUGACCUCAUUCCAUGCCGCCAGGGUUGUGCUUACAAAUCAGGGUCCUUGGGCUUUGGAACUAGGCCUCAAGGCAAGAAGAAGUUCUCAGAGGAGAGUCAGUUUCUCAGACAGGGAGCAGAGGAAACUAGCAAGGAGGCCUGACAUUAGCGUUGACUUCCCAGUGUCAGGCAUGAGGGACAGCCCUAUGUCCCAACCCCUCACCCUCACACAUUCACACUCAUUCACACACGCACACACCUACACAGGAGAUGGUUGGUUUGUCAGAACUCACUGUAGUACACAAAGCUUGCACUUCUGCGUCCUAUAUCUAGCAGCAUGGGGUACGUUUGGCAGUUCACCCCAUUAGGGGGUCAAUAAUUUAUGACCAUUCAUCUGUUUUUAUGAAUUUUUUUAUCUAGACAAUAAUUGUAAAUAAAGAAUUCACCGUCUCUGCUCAUUUAAAUACUAUGCAAUGUUUAUGCUUUCCAUGGCUGGACUCUUCCGACUCACACAGGUGUUUAUGGUGUAUGGUAUUUAAAAAAAAUCAAGCAGAACAUAGGAAACCUACUCUUUUCUAGGGUGGGACCUGCCCCCUUCUUCCCUGUCCUAUGUAAGUGCAUCAACUCCCCACCCCCUUGGCUAGGUGAGGAACUAGAGGUGAGGGCCCAGCAGAGAGCCUGCACUGUGGCUCUGGAUGCUGCAGAGGAGGGGAGGGAGGCUCAGCUUGCUGCUCACAGCUGUCCAGGAUUCAGGAGCAGUCUCCAUUUCUCCACCCACCCCUCACCGAUAUCCUCAUCCCUACCACAGCACAGAGCUAACUGGGGAGCGAUGCCCUACUUCUGAAAGUGGAUGUGCCACUGACUACUCCUAACCCAGAAACCACCCUGUCCUGGGUCCUCUGGUUGAUAAAGAGCCACUGUGACGCCAUGUCUGUUGAAAAGCCACCUUUGCCACCUCCUGAUGUCUUACAUAGACUUAAGCCCAACUCUUGAAUCACUCUUUCAUCCCCCUCAUCCACUGUCCUUUCUGGCACCAGCUACGUGUUUUAACUAUUGUCCCUCACAAAUGUUUUGGUACGUAGCAGGGGGUGAAUACCCAUCCUUCUAUACAAUAUUUCCACUCACAUCUGUUCUUCUGAGGAAAUGUUAAAAUUUUGCCAGAUCCCCUUCCUUUUGCUCUCCUCUUAACCCUCAUACUGGGCCCUGUUGCUCUAUGUGCCCCCCAGACCCAUUGUAAUCAUGGUCCACUCGGAGCCUCUACAUGCGGAAGGUCCCGUUAGGAUAGAAAAAAACAGCAUCCUGAAUUCUGGGAAGCUGUCAACUUACCUAUCCCCUAAGCUCUGAAAUUGUCAGGAGAGGCCAUCAAGCCCCACCCAACAAGUCACAUCCUGUGGUUGUGCCAGGGCAGGUCUCCAUGUGCCCCUUGCCUGGGUGGGAAAGGAGGACCUCUCCCAGACCCAGUUCUAAGAGAAAACAUUCAGCCUCAUCGGAGCCACUUGGCAGAGGGACACUUCCUGUCUGCCUUUUCUAAACUGGCUUUUGAUUAUUUUAUUUGGGUUACUGGGGGGUCAUUUCUUAUUAAUUCAAAGUUUUAGUACCUUUGGGAUACAAACAUGUCUUGCUUGGAUAUCUUGGCACCCUUGGUCCCCUCCCUGCUUGCUGUAGCUAUAGGAAGCUGCCAACUGAACCACACACUGACAAGUCUUCCACCCAACUCUCUCCUGCUCUAGUAUCUGAAGUCCCUCCCUUAGAGAACCCUAGGAGCGAGAUACUUCUUGAAGCACCAAGGGCCCAACGAGACCCUAGGAGUCUCCAAAUAUUUUUCCAAGGUCCAAAUGAUGCCCUCUUAUUUAGUAGAUAGAUCCAACCCACCCAAGGUGUGGAACCCUAGGCCCUGGGCAGCUACCAUCAUCCCCUCUUCCCAAAACAAAAGGUUUGAGGCUACUUGGGGCCACCUUCCAGGCCCUUGGUCUGUUUUGUAAUGUCUGUGGUGCUCUCCCUCCAGGGCCCUUCCUCUCGGGGGUCACCACACUUUGCUAACUCUCGUGUGCACAUCUUUUAUAACAGAGUAGCGAGGGGAUGGUGCCGCCUCCAGCUUCCACAAGCUGCCUGGGCUCUGGGGGACUCUGGGACAAUCGGGGCUGGGAAGUGACUGUGCUCUUAUUGUACACUCUAUUUCUCUGUAUCUCUGGCUUGUGCUCUUUGUAACUAACGGGAUUUGUCUGCCUUUUCAACACUAUACUAAGCAAUAACAAUAAAUGCACACGUGGAAACGCA